GUUGCCCGCAACGGAUUUGACCCGGCACGGGCUUUAGUCAGCCCAGAUUCGGCUUGACCCUUCCUCGAGGACAUGUCGCAUGGAAUGCCACCUGCUUCGAGCAGACGAACGAGCUUCUCCACGCUUCUCCUUCCUCCUACCGUUACCAUCUCGGCACCACUUCUCGAAGCUGCCCAUGGAUACCACGACGCACAUGCCGCCGAACGGCGGGUUCCGCUUCAUUCACGGCUAAAUUUCGUUUUCCUCCGAGUCUCACAUUCUGCCACGCUAUACCGUGGCAAUCUGGUCGUUCAAGACUUGAUUUUUAAACGGGGAAUACUCACCGUGGCCUUUUCUGGCACACGGAGUGAUUAUCUUGACCCAUGAACGGAUGUUUCAGAGCAUUGGAAGAAGCUUUCUUUCUCAGCGAAUAGCUUCCUUUGCUUAUCAUCGUCCGUCACCUUCCGGGCUCAACGUCAGCUGUCCUUCGGCUCGCCGCUGUGCUGACUCAGGUAGAGACCGGACUUCCAAUUCGGGGAUGUGGUUUAAAGCAGGGUUCAUCUGAUGGAGGGGUCGGGUAGUAUCUGAAUUCAAACUUGGCCCAAUGACUACUUGAAUACCAGCCGCAAUCUACUCCGAGUCGGAGGCCCCGCAGAAUCUGACUCGUUUCCACUCUCUGGUCUUAUAAACAGAUGCGAAGUUCUACCCACGCUACAUCCUGAAUCGAUCAUCGAAGCUGUCGGCUGUCCCAUGUAGCCAGAGAUUUUACCGUCGGUGACUCAAAAUGGAUCACUCAUGCCAAGUUCUGCUUGCCACUAUAAAGGAUCUGGCUGCCCCAUUCGAGGGACAAGGGUUUGUUUCACAGUUAACACAGCCCCAUGGUCUCUCGGCACGUCCUAGCACUCAUUGCUCCGGCAUGGGGUCAUACCUUGCCUUACAUCCACCUUGCGACUCGACUGCUGGCCUCGGAUCCGGAGUUGGCCGUCACGAUUGUGCAGCACAACAACAUCGUGUCCAAGAUGAUGAAAGAACUGUCAACUUGUUCGUACGAUACUAGCAGACUGAAGAUCGAGGGUGUAGGCGAGAGCGACCUCCCAUCUACAUCAGCCACGCUCGGGAAGUGUUUCGCACAGCUCUCGGAAAAAUGGCUUGAGGUCCUCGCAAAGGCAGUCAUCCCAGGAAACGCGUGGCCUAAACCUCAGACGUUGCAUAUGGAUUUCUUUGGAGGACUGGUUCUUGACGAAACGAGGGCGUUGUUAGGACCGGAAGGAAAGAUCCUGCUCUGGUGCUCUACUCUGAUCACGGCCUGCAUGGACCAGUGUAGCGAAUACGACUUCGUCAAAAUCGCCCACGAAAUACACGCCGACGAGGAGAGACGAAGGGGAAGAACGAUGGAGGAAGUUCUAGGCGGCGUCGUGUGCGCCGCGAAUGGAAGCGACAAACUCGACGGGCGCGUUCUCGAAAUCGCUGGCGGAGUGAAGAUAUACGACCAUGAGCAUCAGGCACAGGGCGCCGGAUCAACCAGUCAAUUCACCGCUGUCAGGACGGCGACGCAGAAGUUGACUCAGUCCGUCGACGGCAUAUUCUGUCCGAGUAGUAUCGUCCUGGAGCCAGUGACAGCGCCCUUCUGUCGCGAUUACUACGAACAGCGGGGGCAAGAGCUGUUCCUCGUCGGUCCGCAAAUGCACGACGACGAAUGGGAGACGCCAGCGGCAGGCCCCGGUCCCAGCGAGGGCAGAGUCAAAACAUUCUUGGAUGACGCGCGCAAGGAAUACGGGCCGAAGUCCGUCCUGUAUAUCUCUUUCGGCUCGUGGUUCUUCCCCGUGGAAAGGCGCCAUCUGGUCGAGGUGAUGUUGGAAGUGCUGUUGAGCAUCGACGCUGUGAUCCCUUUCGUCUUCGUGCUCGCUGGAGCGAUGGCUUCCUUGCCGGAGGAGACCAUCGAUCGCAUUCACGCCAGCGGCAGAGGACUCGUCUGUGCUCACUGGGUCGAUCAGAAAGCCAUCUUGAAAGGCGGCACGAUCGGCUGGUUUUUGACUCAUGGCGGCUACAAUUCGUUGGCCGAAGGGCUGAGUCAAGGCAUUCCGCUCAUUUUCUGGCCUGUCGGAGCAGAACAAGGUCUCAAUGCAGCCAUGCUUUCCACCGGUGAUCGUCCCAUCGGAGUCGAGUUUUUCCAGAUUCGAGCUGGCACUCAACUGGGUCCUUCUCUUCGUCCAGAAGCACCCAAUAUUACAGGCACAGCUGAAGACGCGAGGGCUGAGUUCGAGCAAGUUUUCAGUGAUCUCAAGGGAUCCAGAGGCAAAACCCUUGAACGAAAUGCCACCCGCAUCGGAGAUCUGUGGCGUCAGGAGAGAAUCGACGGGAAACCCGUACAGGAGAUCACGAGGCUUGCUAGGUUCUGAGAAUUAGAGUGUCCAAGUAUGUGGUUUUAGAUAAGGGAAGGGAUAUCGGUUAGAAGUGAUGGGUGGCAGUGAUAAAUCUGCGGCAUACUCCGAGCACACGUGUGACUAUCCAGUCUUCUCCGAUUUCCAGUCAUUUCUCCCCUCUUAAACUCACAGAAUGCGACCGACGUAAUCGAGAGAAUGAGAUUGCGGUUCAUAAAGGGCAGGUCAUCCCAACAGGAUGCCAGCAGCAAUGCUUAAGCAGGCUCCGCGAUGCGCACCCCCGGCUCGUCUGCACCCCUCCUCGUCGAGGGCGCCGUGUCACGUAAUGUCAAACCCACUGCAGUUUCAGCCGUGCUCUGGAACGGCGAUCUCAGCCCGAUGCCCAACCCCAACCCCGGCCCUGGUCCUGCUUCCCUCGUUCCCCCUCGAGCGAGCCCAAUCGGAAACAACAUCGUCCCGGUCCGCGUCAGCUCGACCCGCUCGCCUCUCUCAACCGCCCUCACGAUCUCCGCAUCGCGCGUGUAGGACAUGCGCCGGUUCCGCUCCCUCGGCGGCGUGGGGUCGUGCAGCAUCACUGGCGCCGAAUAGCGCGCGCGUUUCCGGGGCGGCUGGUGUGUGGCGGCCGAAGGGAUUCCCGGGCUUGGCUGUGAAUGCUGUGAGGACCUCCCAGAGGACGCGUCGGAAGUCUUGUCUGGGCUGCUGCGGCGGGAGCGGGAGCGCUUCCAUGCAGCCGGGGCCCGAGGGGCCGGCGGGACCUGCGGCGGGCCCGUGAAUGAGGUUGUGGGUGUGAUGAGUUCCCUCGCUCGGAGCCGUGCGAGGGGUUUCGGCUGGCCGAAAGUGCGCCUGUCGAUCCGCGGAAGCGCGCCCAUGACGUCGUCGGACUCUUCCACGAUGUCUGUGCCCUCUGCUUGGGCCUUCCGCUUUCCCGAUGCCCUGCUCGCAUGGUUCACUUCCCCCAUCUCGGUGUCACUGCUGCCACCGUCCCAGGCGGGUUCCGAGACGGAGCUGGAUGGGGUUAGGAUGGACAUGGGCGAGAGAGGGCCUGUGAGCCCAGUCGGGUCUUUCAUCGCCUCAAGAACGUUCGUAAGAGCAAGCUCCGCGGCUCUCUCCAUCCGUGCUCUGUGUCGGGUUUGAGGCAUACUGGUCGGUGGUGGUGGUGGUGGUGGUGUCAGGCAAAGAAAAGUGGCAACUGACAACAAUGGGCGCUCACACAGACUCGCUUUUGUACUGGCCCACCGUCGAGAAAGAGUCACUUCAGAGAUCGGGGCCCGAGGCUGUGCAGCUUCCCCAUUUGGAAAUCUCACCCAAUCAAGCGCGGUCUAGUCAUGCGGCGCGUUUGUGACUGUCGGACAGUAUCACGCCAUGCCAGAUGCCCCACGCACAGGUCGUUUUCUGUAGCUACCACUUCAAAUCUGAGACGCGGGAGUGUCUGGAGGAUCCCAAGCGCGCCCCCGCGCAUAGAUGGUGACUUUUGGCAUGUCCGCGCACCUACAGAACGGCAGGCGCUCAACCAUCACGGAUCACUGUUCCUUUCCUGCUCUGCCACGGCAUUUCGAUCAGUGUUGCCGCGCAAUCAGCAUGGUCUGUUGCUCAUUCGAACACAUGGAACCACAUGAAACCCUGUCGCUGUAGGGAAAACGAGGGCCAGUGUGAAUACUAUCCAAGUAUAACACAGAUUCAAGUAAGGAAUACAAGACGAAAGUCUGAGGUACGGAUCCAGAGGCUUGAGUUGGAGAUGGCCCUGUUUCGAGGACAAUAUCAAUGUCAAGUAUGUAACGCUGAGAAAUAAGCUUGAGGGCAUAGACAAAUAUGAUUGUGUUGGGACUGCGAUUGAAGGCUAC